UAAAUAAAUAGGUUCUAUGUGUUAAAGCGGUUUUAGUGUUCUCUUUUAUUGCCCUUUUUCUGUUGGUAUUAAAGCGACUUAGUUGAAUCAAAUAGGCUUCUGCACUUCCCGAUGAAAUGCUGAAACUAGUUCAUGUGCUGUUGGGUCGACAAAGUAUGUCGAAAUGAAAACAAGUCUCCCGAUUGCGUCACUUCUUAGCUCAGUCCUCCUAAGUGCUUUAGGAUGCACACUGAAAGACUCGCCCUUUGGAUGUUUGUCGGGCCCCUGUCAAGCUGGAGAGUAUUUCAAUAUCACUACCAAAUACUGCCAACCAUGUCCCGAAGGAACCUAUCAGGCAGCCGACAGACACAACUGCACUUACUGUAGGUCCUGCUCCAAGGCAAAUGUCCUUAACAACGAGGUCGUGCAGUUUAACUGCACUCGGACGACGGACGCUAAGAUUGGAUGUAGGAAAAAGUAUUGGAGGACUGUAGAAAACCAAAAUCCACUGCACAAUGAAUAUUCGUGCUGGCAAUGUACGAAGUGUAAAGGGGGAGAGAAGCUAGUUAAAAGAUGCACCGAGUCAGAAAAUACAGAGUGUGCUCCCUUGGAAACGAAACCUACUACACUUACUACACCAAAACAAAGUGACGAGAGGCCCAUAGCCAACAGCUCAGCCCGCUACAUGUGUUACAUCUUACUUUUCAUUUCAGCUAUUGUUUGUCUUGCCUAUUUUUUGAGAGCCAGAAUAUGAGCGCUUCAUAUGAAUGCUGACCUAUCUAUCUAUCUAUCUAUCUAUCUAUCUAUCUAUCUAUCUAUCUAUCUAUCUAUCUAUCUAUCUAUCUAUCUAUCUAUCUAUCUAUCUAUCUAUCUAUCUAUCUAUCUAUCUAUCUAUCUAUCUAUCUAUCUAUCUAUCUAUCUAUCUAUCUAUCUAUCUAUCUAUCUAUCUAUCUAAUCUAUCUAUCUAUCUAUCUAUCUAUCUAUCUAUCUAUCUAUCUAUCUAUCUAUCUAUCUAUCUAUCUAUCUAUCUAUCUAUCUAUCUAUCUAUCUAUCUGCCUGACUCUCUCUCUAUAUAUAGAGAGAAAUGUGUGUAUAUACAUAUAUAGGCAAUACAUUAUAUUUAAAUUAAUUAUGUAAUUUACAUAUACACAAUUAUGCAUAUGUAUUUUUUCAUUGUUGAUUUCUUUUAACGCCUCUUUUUUUUCCAAUUUGCACAAGUGUUGCUAAUUGAAUGAAUGUAAAUCUAACGUUUCCUUUGAGACCUUGAUGUCUCUUGUAAUGUGUAACUAGUCGAGACUAUGUCUCUUAAACGUAUACUCGCCUUCUCUUGCCAGUCUGAAACAUUGCGAAGGAUCCAAGUAGCUGUAACAUUUUUUUCAUACCUUUUACCGAUGGCUCAUAUGCUCAUAUGCCCCAAGAUUCUCGGAAUUAAACAAAAAAUUCAAUAUACAACAAAUGACUUUCUUCUUUAAGCUCUUUUUUUCAAAUGAUUAAAUUGUAAGUAUAAAUGCCAGUUUUUAUCUUCUUUUUAAACUAAAAUGGCAAAAAAAACAUUCUUGAAAUGUAAUAUGUGAAUUAAUUUCUUUACUUGACCUACAGAUAUAUUUGGGACCAAACAUAAACGUCAACCUUGACCUUUGGUUGUGCUUAUUAUCUUAUGACAAAUAAAUUGGUUUUAUAGAUGUUUGUUUCAUAAAAUUGAGGACUGUCAUUAAUUUAUCUUUUUGAUGACGUCAAACACAUGAACUAAGUUACUCUCUAAACCAAAUGCACAUGGUUUCUGACAAGAUUAUAUGUUCCUUUGCCCGUAUUGCCUACGAUGAAUUAUAAUUAAUAUAGACCCAAAGCGAACUUGAUUUUGC